CACAUUGGCUUUCUGAUGUACAUGAGCUGUCACUACAUUAAGAGUAGCAAUGAAAUUCCACAAUAGAGAGUGCUGCUUUCUGUGCUGGGGAACCUCAGGCUGUCCUUUGCUCAUCAUUUUAUUCUGUGGCUUUGCUAACUGUCACUCCAUACAGAGAAUUAAAGAAUGUGACAUUACAUGUUCACAGGGUGUUCAGUGCGAAAGAAAAGAAACCGAUGAUCUGUUUAGUAGGUUUUGUAGAGAUGCCCCUGAAGCUUUACACCCUAAUGUUCUGGAGAACAUGAAAAUUACAACAGUUAUGAAAUGUUCACCAGCCAGUCAAUGCUCACUUCAUUUAAAUGUCAUUGGAACAGUAAUUUAUGAUGCUCCCUUGUCUUCUCUGAGGAGAGGAGGAAAGAGACGAGCCGAGAGUGUCGCUGACGUCAGGCCGCUCCGUGAACUGAAGAGGGAGGGGCGGGCGACAUCAGUGGGGAGGAGGGCAGGAAAGAGAAGAGCCGAGAUUUUCUCUGAUGUCAGCCCGCUCCGUGAACUGAAGAGGGAGGGGCAGCAGACAUCAGCCGGGAGAAGAGAAGAGGACCUCCGGCGGGUCAGCGUGCAUAUCCGUGGCGUUGAAAUCUGCUCUAUGACAUUAAGCUCACAGCGGACUCAGUGCGUGACUAUCAGGUUUACCAAAAUUAAACGAAAGAAAUUCCUUAUGCAUAAAAUACAGGUUCAAGCCAACACUUUUGAAGUUGGUGUAUCUGAACAUGUAUACGUAACAAUGAAGACAUUCCCAGAUUUUUGUGGCAUUCAGUUAAAGGAACAUUAUCACGUAGAAGAUUGUAGCAAUAGAGAUGUGGGAAGACAUGUAUGGUCCUGUCUAACUGGAAAACUAGAUCACGUGGUCAACAAGGAGAAUAAAAUUAUAACUGUCCGUGUUUCAAAUAUUCUUGAGGACUAUGAUUACAAUGUACGCCUUUGUAAGAAACAUUUUGUCUGUCAUGACAUUGGAGCUCAUGCGGUAAUCAGAAAGGAAAAUGCAACCAAAUCUGUUACACUGCCAUAUUCAGACAUUUUACCUUGUUUAUGCAUUGAGGGAUGGUCAGCAAUUCCCGAUGCACGGAGGACCCGGCUCUGCCCCUUCAAAAAUGGUGCAGGUAAUUUCAAUGAUCCUGUGAAUUCCAUCCAGCCAGAGUCCCAUCUGUGUGCCUGAUUGGAGCUGUUUGCACUGGCACUUGUGUAUAUUUUUGUUCAUAUUUAUUUGUAUAUGUUUGCUCUUUCACUGUAAAAAUGUAAAUAGUAAUUUUGGCUUUUUUUUUGU